GGCGACCGGGCUGGUGCGCGCACUGACGCGAAGUAUCGUACCCGAAGAAGUGUAUCCGCGCGCAGAAUCCUCACACGUAGUCGUCAUGCUGCGAUUCAUCCUCCUCGGCAUUCUCGUCGGCUUGGCGUGGUCCGCGCCAGCACCGGCGCCGAAAGCAGCACCCGCGCCCAAACCACUCACCCUCAUCUCCGAGGUCAAAACGCCGGCAUCAACCACCAAGCUCGCGCCGCUGGUCGCGCCGAUCGCCACUCCUCUCAUCGCACCGAUCUCCCGUCUUGCGUAUGCUGCGCCCGUUUUGUCGCAGAUAUCACCGUACGCGUACACGUAUUCCGCGCCGAUCGCACCUGUGGAGAUCCCGUCGAGCUACUCGAUCGAGCAGCAUGGAUACCAUAUUACCUACUGACCGCAAAAAUCAUCGGACCGGUAGCCGACGACCUCAGUGAAGCCCGUGUGGAAGUUAUAGCCCUCAGCUUGUCUCUUCAUCGAUAAUCAUCCUCUAUCGUGUAAUCUCAUCCACGUAAAAAAAGAAGAAAAAAUUCUUGGUGAGA